CUGCUUUUGCGCCGUUGGCGUAGCAUGCCCCAAGAUGGCGUCGCGGUCGUCGUCGUUGGCGGCGGUGGCCGGAGCGCUGGUAGCAGCAGUAGUGGCGACGUGGGAAGAACUGAGAGGGGGAAUGAGGCGGUGGGCGGCGGGCGGCAGCAUUAGCAGCCAGUAGCGACCGCAGAGAGGGGGGUCCCCCCUCCCUCCCGGUGCGUGAGAGAUACUCCCCGGGAUAGCGGGUCCCCCACCCCCUUCGGAGAGGGAGACCCCGACUGCUCCCCUCCAGACCGCAAAGCCGACGACACCGUUUGCUGGGCUCUUCCUGCAGCUGCUUCCCGGGUGGGUCUCCCCCCCGCCUCCUCACAGCAGAGGAUGAUGAAGCUCAAGUCCAACCAGACUCGCACCUACGACGGAGACGGAUACAAGAAACGGGCGGCUUGCCUCUGCUUCCGCAACGAAAGCGAAGAAGAGGUGUUGUUAGUGAGCAGUAGUCGUCAUCCGGAUAGAUGGAUUGUUCCUGGAGGUGGUAUGGAGCCUGAAGAGGAGCCCAGCGUGGCUGCUGUGCGGGAAGUUUGUGAAGAGGCUGGUGUGAAAGGGACAUUAGGAAGAUUAGUAGGAAUUUUUGAGAAUGAGGACAGGAAGCACAGAACAUAUGUUUACGUACUUAUUGUCACAGAAGUGCUGGAAGACUGGGAGGACUCUGUGAAUAUUGGAAGGAAAAGGGAAUGGUUUAAGAUAGAUGAUGCCAUAAAAGUUCUGCAGUAUCACAAACCUGUGCAGGCCUCAUACUUUGAAACCUUGAGGCAAGGCUGUUUGGCAAAUAACGGCACUCCAGUUGUGACCACAUCAUUCUCAAAAGAGAGCACUAUGUCUGAUAUCAGAUGACUGAGGAUGUCUUUAUAAGAAAAACAGAUUUUGAAAAGUAGACUGAAACUUGGAUUUCCCUUACUCCUUCCCUCUUCUUGCCUCCUUCACAUGCUUCCUCUGUCAAACAAGACGUGCAGCAACCUUUGGCAGAGCAAAUGUUUGAGUGUUGCAUUCUAGUGGAAAGUGGGGUUUUCUUGCUUUUUCUUGGAUAUGUAUUUUGUAAAACACCUCUUGUGCAUGAAGUGCCCCUUCCCUAUUAACAAAAAUUUAACAACCUGGGCAAGGCUGUUAGCUUCCUUUCUGCCUUGACUUCUGAAAUGUUCUCUGUGUGUUGUCCCAGCCAUAACCAGAACCUUUAUCUUUUCAGUUAAAAGAAGGCUACAAAUGCAAGAUUGGUUCUUUAAGUCUUAGACUAUGUACAGUAAGGUGCUGUUGAGAUCUGUUUGGUCACUUUCUCAGUGCAUGUGUAUAAACUAUUUUUUAGAUGGAGAAAUCUAACACUUUGAUUUUUGCAGAAUUUUUUUUUAAAAAAACAUGGGCUUCUUCUACAAAGAAGGGCUUCAUAAUCUUGUUUGCCUUGUUUUUUGAAAGAAACUUUUCUUUGUGACAGUGCUAGUGACUGGGCCAGUUUGACUCCCUGCACCUACUCCCUGAACCAAAUUUAGUACUUUGACACUUAGAAGAGAAGGCCAAGUUGUAAUCACUUGCAAGACAUCCCUGGUGCUUUGUUCUUUCUACAGUUUCAACCAAUAUGUCAUCUUUAACAUCGGACACAAGGAAUUGGUCACUAUCAAAGGUUUAUGGCCUCAGAAACUAAAUGUAUUUCAGCCUCAGUAAAUAGGAAUCAGGGAUUCAAAAUGAGUUUAAAAACUAGUGAACUGGAGCAUCAAGCACCAGUGCUUUCUGCUGGUCUGGAAUUCUUUUCCUUCCUGCUGCAUUUUGCUGAUGUCUCUUCUUGUCCACAUGCCUUACACUGUACUGAACUGGAUAUUGUAAUUUGUGCUAAAGCAUUGGAUUGUACUUUCUGAGUGUCAUUGCAUGGACCUUGAUGAGAUGGUCACAGGGUGUCCCUGAAAAGAAGUUCCAAGGGUAAACUUCAGGUGUUCAGUCUCCUUUGUCUUGUAGCAUUGAAGCACUUGUUAUUGCACCAUGGAGCAUGCUCAGAAUGGUAAAAAUUUGCCCCACGGUGGCAAAGGUACAACUGGCUCUCAAGCAGAAAUGUUGGUGUGGGAGAACUGUCAUUUAAUAGGAUAGUUAACCUGAUGCAUUGGCACAUGUCAGAUUUUUGUUUCUAUUGAUGUAUGUUUCAUGCUGUCUUGAUUUGCCAACAGUGUUGUUUAGUUGGGAGACUUUGGAAAAGGUUGGGGGUGGGAGUUGGGUUGGGUGGGCUGGGGAAGGUUGGGGUGGGGCAUUAGUUAAUCCCUGGCUUGGGACAGGACCUAGUUGCUAUAUUUGGUGACUUCUUCUUUGUCAGAAUAUAGCCAAGAUGUGAAAUUAAAUCUGCAGUACUCUUAUUUAACUAAUCAUUCUCUUCUCAUUACAUACUUAACAGAGUGCAUGCAUGCACACAAAUCUGAAAUGGUCAUGCAGCCUAAAGUAAUGUAAAUUAGUAUACUUUCUGCUUUGGGAAGGAGCUUGAAAUUUCAGAUCAAAUUUUAUUAUUUUUAUUUCAAUUCUGUGCUUUCAGAGUAUGGGAUAGCAUUCCAAAGUGUGGGAUCACAAAGACAAAAGUGAUCAUUAUCGCCAAAAACUCUACACAGGAAAAGACUGAGAGGUAUUAUUAAAGAAGUGGCUUAAACCUGAACAUCCAGAAUGGAAUCCUAAAUUAUGCUAUGCCACUUCAGUGCCCUUCACCUUAAAAAUCAAACAAUAAACAGUUGACUCAAAGGGCUUGACUGGUGUCUUCAAGUGUACAGUAUGAUUUCUCUUAACCUAUAUGUGGCACUUUCCAAUAUAGAAACUGUUGCCUUCAGCUAAGAGGGUUUUAUGUCUCACUAAAUAGAUUAGAACAUGAAAGAUUGUCUGAAUGACUUCUGAAAGGGUGACUGCAGUUUUAAUAUCUACAGCAUGCACAGACUUUUUAAACUCUAAAAUGUUUUUAUAGGGCUGUUAAACUGACAAUUUAGGAUAGAAUAUUGUUAAUAAUUUGCUAACAUCUUUUUUGUUGGGUCAGGAAAAAUAAAUUGUGCCAAGAAAGUAGUGUAAUGUGGGAUGAACUGAUGCUGUUUAUGCAACUGCAUUGACUAGCUGCUUGCUUCUUAACUGGAAAGAGAAGAUGUAGCUCCUCUGGUGGAAACAAUUUGGAAUCUUCAGCAACUGUGUAUUCUAACUCAGUCCUCAUUCCUGUGGUUUACUAAAUCUCACCUUUUCGCUUGCUUCUACUGCACGGUAGAGUCCACAGUUUUCCCGCUAUCUCAGGGUAUUCUCUAAUAAAUGAGUCAUGGAACUGCUUAAGAAAUAUCAAUGAAAAAUCACCACAUCAACUCCUUACCAAAACAUGUUUGCUUAUACUGGAACUUCCUACAUUGAUAGAGCAUACAUCUGAUACCAUACAAGCAACUGAUAUUUUGAGUUGAAUACAAUCCAGUGUUAAGUAUCUAAAGUGACCCUCAGUUUGAAAUUUUAAGGGAUUGUAUAUUUUCAGUUAAUGCCUAAUUUUAUGAUAAAAUGCAGCCACCUUCAGACCAUACAUGUAAAACAUGCCUGGACUUACAUAUUGACAUCAGAGCAAAUGUGCUUGGAAGAUUCUUUCUCAACAAUAAGCCUUAGAUUCUGAAGACUACAUAUGACCCUAUGCCUCUCUAGUGCAUCCCAUGGACUCUUAAGAACCCUAGCUUUCAUUUUUAUAGGUACAUAUUUAAUCCACUGCAGUAGCAGAGAAGUGGUUGAAUAAUAAAAUUGCUGACCUUGUGGACUUCCUGUUUUAGACAGAUGCUAGAACAGCAUGAGCAGUGUUACAGAUUUGUUGGUGUAUAUUUACAAAUGAUUUCUUACAAGAAUAGAUUUGAUGCCAAUGCUUACUACAUUACUGACCUCAUUUAGAAAAGGUCUAAGUGGGUAUUUGCAUUGUGCAUACCAUGUCUACUUAAAUCAGGGUUGACAGUGCUGCUUAAAACUAUUUUUGGCAGUGAGUCUUCACAUAGCUGCUGCAUAACCUAAGUGAGUCUGAAACAUUAGUAGUGCUGUGAGUGAGUGCACAACCUGUGCUACAUUUGUUCAGCAUAGGAUGGAAGAAUGAAGCCCACUUCAGGCUUUCAGCAGUAAUAUCUGUCACCUUGUCUACAAUGCAAUAGUGAUUUUUAAUAUCACUUCUGUGUUUGUGUCAUAGAUUAGAAAGCCUGUGGUAUAAAAUUAAUAGCAUAUGCUGGAGUCUCUUGACGUAGCUGUUAAUCUUUUUGGGCUUAGCCUUGAUUUAGCUCUUGUUAGAAUUUCUGACAAUGGGAAAAAUCAUCAUUGUAUGAAGAGCUUAGCCUAAAAUUUAGUCACAUUUUUAGAUGUAGCAUAGCUGCUUUUCUUCCAAAACAUAUUUGUUGUUAGCCAUACUUGUGUAUCUGUUCCCUCGAUCUAUCUUUGCUUUUUCAAAAGGCCCUUCUUUGUUUCCUGGUUUUUAAAAUCAGCCAAUAAGAAAGUGAAGUGCCACACUAUCUUUGUAGUGGUUAUAUGAGAACGUAUAAGUGGGAAAGUGUAGAAAUGUCUGCUGUGAUAUUUUAAUGGAAGUGAGAAAAUUGCUUAAUUUCUGCUAGAUAGAUAACUGAUUCUGAGAUCAGGUUCCUGAAAAUUAAGUUUGCUUACAGUAUGGGAAUUGGAAUAUGUACUAAUGGAAAUUUCAGGAACAUUUGUGUAGUGGUGUCUCUGCAACUGAUUUUUCUAAUGUUAAAAGUGUGACUUUUCCUGAAAGGGGCUAUCUGUUUUAAUCAAUGAUUGUGCAUAUUUUCUAAUGCUUUGCCAAGUUUUGUUCACCUGUUAAUACCUGUACCCAGCUACUGGGUGCUGUGCUUAAAAGAAAAAGAGAGAGAGAGAGAAGUGUUAUGUGUCUACUUUACACUGGAAGGGUAUGUAUGUAUGUUCUAAUUCCUAUAAUAAAGAAGCUGCUUUGAGUACA